ACAGAAAGUAAAAAAAUUAUGAAAAAAUAAAUAACGUGAAUGCGAGGGAUUUCAUUUCCAAUCAAUUUUUCUUCUUCUUUCUAAUCGUUGAUUGUUUAUGGUUAAAUCCUGAGAAGGGCACAGGUCAAAUUUUCAUUCUAUGUCAACAACCCGUUCAGGAAAGGAAAAUAUAGUUAUUGAGUUUUUCUAAAAUUACACGCCAAAAAAAUGUUGAUUAAGAAUGCACAGAAAGUAAAUAAUUUAUGAAAAAAAUAAAUGAUGUGAAUGUGGGGGAUUUCAUUUCCAUCAUUUUUUUCUUCUUUCUUUCUAAUCGUUGAUUGUUUAUGGUUAAAUCCUGAGAAGAAUACAGGUCAAAUUUUCAUUCUAGGUCAACAACCCGUUCAGGGAAGGAAAAUAUAGUUAUUGAGUUUUUCUAAAAUUAUAAAUCUGCUUAACUACGCCAAAGGGCCAAAAAUGGGCCUACGCCUACACUAUUUAUAUUAUAACUAUUAGUAUUAACUAUAGUCAAUAAAUGUAUAGACAAUAGACUAUAAAAAAAGACUAUACUUAUACUAAGUGACCAUACUAUUUUAAAAAAAAAAUCCAGCAUCCUGGUUCAAAAGCAACAAAAAGAUUAUUUAUAUUAUUAUAUAUAUAAAUUUAAUUAAAUUUAAGUAAUUUAGACACAAAAUUUUGUUCAGAUACUCAUUCGGGAUAUGAGUCUGCGUAUUAAUAUAAUAUAUAUAUAAAUCGCAAAAAAUUAAGGAAAUUUUGAGCCGAAUAUUUUGAGUUAUCAAAAAGUUUUACUUUUACUCUUUCCUUGUAAACAAGAUGGCAGCCACCACGCGAAGAAAACGAAAAUCUGCCAAAAAUGGAAAUGCUCAAAAGGUAUGGUAUUAAUUGUUGAUCUAGCUUCCAUGUUUUUUUUAUCCUUUUUUUUAAUAAUCAUAAUUUGUGUUAUAAAUAUUUACCACCUGACGCUAGAAGUAGAAGUACCUCAAUAGCAUUUCGUUAAGAUUGGUUGGUCGUUGACGUUUAAUAUCCAGUAUUGCAACGACGACAACGUCCCUCAUUUGUUGUGCAGUGGUUUAGAAAUUUAGUUGUUCUUGUUUGAUUCAGUUUCAUUGGUGUCUUUGGCCUUAUUUGAUGGUCGAUGGAGAACUGGGAAAAAAGACACACACAUUGUUUAAAAAAGCUGUCAUUUAAUUGUUUGGAAAAUGAAGCACCAGGAUACUAUAUUCAUUUCUAUAUCAGUAUCAGUCAUGUCCCAAUUUCACUGGACAUUUCAACAUAAUUUUCUGGUGAGGGCAGACCCCUCCCAAACUCUUCCCACCACUUUCAGGACAAAGAGGAAAAAAACUUGUAUCAAAUAAAUAGUGAGAUAAAAUAAUGUUGACCUGGGGCUGGGGAACCUCCAUGACUUAUAUAUUAUAAUUAUAUACUGUUGAAUACAUCACUGGCCCUGUCAAUUGCAUUAUUUAUUGUAGAACACAUCGCCGAUUACUGCGUUUUAGCAAAAUAUAUUUUUGUAGGGAAUUUAAUGAACUAAUACAAUCUUAAUGAUUCAGAAUGAAAUUUCAACAUUUAUGCCAAUGGGAUAUCCUGAUUUGCAUAUUUUAUGCAUGAGGUCCAUUUAAUCGAGCUCUGGCUACCGGUCGCUUUAUUCUGAGACAAUUGACUACAGUACAGCAUGCAAUGGGCCAAUGGGGACAAAGAGAGGAAGUUGCAUUGGCAUUGCCAUUUCAUUGACAGUCAGAAUAAAUUAUGUCAAAAAAGAAGGAGACUGUCGUGGUACGGGAACUAGAUGAUGAAACAUUGCAAAAUAGUUUUCUGGGAAAAGUGAUCUUAGUAAAUAGUUUUGGGGAAAAUGUUUCUGGGCAUGCUGUAGGAAUGUUUUGAGAGUUUGCAGAUGAAAGGGUUACUAUCGCGUCAAAACCUGGCUAUGCUAGGGGAGAUAGCAGAUUUGUUAUAUUUCUAUAUGCGAGUCACAUGGUAAGGAACACAAAUUUAUGCAGAUUUUUUUUGUUGCAAAAUAAGCCCAUUAUAAAUAUUUUAAAAUUAAUAAUGGUAUUUAUUUUUUUAAACAUAAGUAGCCUAACUAAUUAUAAUUUUUGUUUGGGGUAAUUUGUUCGGAUAUAGAUUGAGAUCACAGAAGAAGAUCGUUUGCCAGGAGUUGUCUACAUAGGACAUGUUCCCCAUGGAUUUUUUGAAAAAGAACUCUUCCAAUAUUUCUCACAAUUUGGCAAAGUUCUGAAAGUUAAACUAUCAAGAUCCAGUAAGGUAAAUUACUUUUAAAUGUUACUGCUUUGCAGAAUUUCUUUGAUUAUUACCAUAAUUUCAAUUUCCCAUGCCUGAAUUUUCUUUCAUGCACUGAGCAUUUCAUCUGAUAUAUCCAUAACUCAUUUAACUAUUUACUAUGAAUAGAAUAAAAAUGUAAAAAGAAGAUUUUUUCUUUUUUUUUUUUUUUUUUAAAGCCUUGAUAAGUGUGGCAUAAAGGCUGGAAAGCUAUUAAAAAAGAAAAUUAAUUUUUAUGUUGGUCAAUAUACUAAGCAAAAAUGACACUUAUUCUAUUUGUUUGCACUGAGCAUUUCAUCUGAUAUAUCCAUAACUCAUUUAACUAUUUACUAUGAAUAGAAUAAAAAUGUAAAAAGAAGAUUUUUUCUUUUUUUUUUUUUUUUUUAAAGCCUUGAUGAGUGUGGAAUAAAGGCUGGAAAGCUAUUAAAAAAGAAAAUUAAUAUUUAUGUUGGUCAAUAUACUAAGCAAAAAUGACACUUAUUCUAUUUGUUGGCUUGGAGUGGCACAGCUGGAAAGGGUGUAAUUGUUUGACUGUUUAAUAGCAUGUCAAUGUAUUCCUCUGUUCUCAAUUCUUCUUUUUGUUUCACUUUCAGAGCGGCAAGUCUAAAGGAUAUGCAUUCAUUAAGUUUAAGUAUUCAGCAGUAGCAAAGACUGUUGCAGACACGUGUCACAACUAUCUCUUUUUCAGCAAGCUUUUAAAGUGUAAGUGGACGUUGUGGCAUUCUUAAUACAAAAUGUUGAAAUUGGUUUUGGGAAAGAAAAAAAAUCACUUUAAUUUUUUUCUCCUAUUAUGCCAUCUGGCAAUGGUAAAAGACCAUUCUCAUAUUACGUAUGGUUACUUGGCGUUGAUGCAAUAAUCUCCUUUGUUUGUUUCGAGAUUUACGAAGCGCAAUGUUUUUGUAUAGAUUUUUAAUGUGAGAUAAAAAUUGGAAAAUGAAAAAUUUGGAUGGUCAAACAUUGACUGAACUGAGCUUAAGGGGAAACUUCAAAUAAUCCAUUCAAAAAUGAUUAAAUUAUUUUGAUGGUUUUCUCCUUUGCUAAACAGUUUAUAAACCUGAAAGUGAGAGAAGGAUGGUGUUAUCAUUAAUGUUACAGUAAUAUAUCUACAUCUCCUGAAUCAUGUUAACAUAAAGCUUAUCUGAAAAGCAUAGUUUUUAAUCUGAUAAUACGAUUUCAGUUAAUUAUUAUUUUAUUUUUUUUAACAAAUUUUUUAAUUAAAACUGUAAUUUAUUUAAUAUGUCAUUCUAAUAUUCUAAUUCUAUUGUGCACACAUCUAAUUAGUUUAGUUUAAAAAGCAUGUGAGCUUUGCUCAUUGUUUUUACAAAUCGCUGGAUUUGUUGUUGAACACAGGUGAUACGAUAGUCACCUCUCAUUCAAUUCUUAAUAAUAGCAGGAUAGUGUCAAUAGCUGCAUAGCUCUGUCUGUGCUUGCGAGCUCCUAUACAUCACAGCAUAUUUCUGUGUAGUCCAACUAAAAAAAAAUAUUAGUCAGGAUUUUUACAAUCUAAUCAUAGUUUUGCUGAAGUAGUUGCAUUAAUAUUAGCCACCUUAAUACAAGCCUAUGUAAUUAUGUUAUUUUGUAAACCUGUAUCAUUAGAUCAUGUUUUAAAUCCAUAUCAUUAUAUCUUGUAAACCCAUAUCCUUUCAACUUAUUUUGUUUUACGGCCAUUGCAGGUGAGUAUAAGUCCAUGAGUGAGGUCCAUGCCAACACAUUCUACACCUACAAGUGGAAACCCAACAGCAAAGCCAAGCGCCUGCACAACACAGCUAAGCCGGAGGUCAACCUUGUCAGGUCACUGAGAAGAUCCACAAGGAAGCAGGCUCAGAAGUUGGCCAAACUCAAUGUCAAACUGGAGGAUGUCAUGGUGAGAGGAUGACAUCAGUUUUUCAUUUUCAUUAGUCGGUGGCACGGGGAAGGUGAGGGGUAUCAGAGAUUCUCAAACUGUCAUAUACAGGGCAAGAAAUAAACACAUGCCGAGAUUCCUCAGAUCAUCAGCUGGGUCAAAGAAAUAAGUUAAUAAUAUUGUUAUAGUUAUAGACCACUGACUUGCUAUGAAACCAAAGAUAUACAGUUUAGAUGGCAGAUUUAAAUUUGAACUACUUCCCUGGGUCAAAGUGUCCUCGUUUUAUAGCCAUUUUCAUUGUUUCUAUAGCAUAGUAGUUACUAUCCUAGUGUCUCAUUUUUAUUUUACUUAGUUUACAUGUUUUUAAUAAUUGUAAAGCGCUUAGAGCUUUAUGGUAAGCGCUAUAUAAAAAUGCCUAAAUAAAUAAAUAUAAAUAAAAACAAAAUAAGGGAAAAUAUAAUGGGAAAAAAAUUGUUUACCCUUCUUUAGGUUUAUUAAAGGGCAUGCCCUAACCAAAACCUGUGUUAAAUGCUGAGUGGCUUCCUGUCCCCUGUUCGCUUUCAUUUAAACUCAUAUAAGAUUACAUUAACCUUACAUCAUGAGCUGUUUUCUACACUGUGUGCCCGAUUGGCCUAUUGGACAGUGUACCGGUACAUGAUGUUUAAGAUGGUUAGCUGAAAUCAAAUCCUUACCAUUAGUAUAAACAAUGUCCAGCACUUUUUAACUCAGUAGCGUAUAGAUUAUACACCUUGACAUAUUUUGUUUUUAUUUGAAUUGGAACCCUGCACUACAUUUAGUCUACACACAUCGUGGGAAAAAUUAUUAUUUUUUGUUUACCCCCAGGAGAGCAAAUAUAAACCUAACCAUAUAAAAACAUUAUAGUGGUUUCAAAUAAUUACUACUUUAGCUUUCAGCCACAAUGGAUUUGUCCUAGUUAAAGGGUUGUUCUCAGAGGGUUUGGUACUGAAUGCUGAUUUAAACAGAAAUCAUUGCAUGACAAUCUGUGUUUAUUGAGAGACAUUUUCAUGCCACUCGGGGCCAGUGAUUUUAUCAUUAAUUUCUCCCUAUAUUGUAAGUGGAGUUUUUGUACAAGUCAUCUUUUCCCAGAGAUUCUCAAACAUCUGAAGGAGCUGUCGAACACAAUGUGCUACAAGUCUUUUCUCUGCCACGUUUGUGGAACUGCCCCAAGAGUGAAGGGCAUUCGGUGUUCAGAAAUGAAUCGCUUGAAGGGCAUUCAGUGUUCAGAAAUGAAUCGCUUGAAGGGCAUUCGGUGUUCCAGAAAUGAAUCGCUUGAAGGGCAUUCGGUGUUCAGAAAUGAAUCGCUUGAAGGGCAUUCGGUGUUCAGAAAUGAACCGCUUGAAGGGCAUUCGGUGUUCAGAAAUGAAUCGCUUGAAGGGCAUUCGGUGUUCAGAAAUGAAUCGCUUGAAGAGAAUAACACUAUAAACACAAUUAUUAAACAAUGAAUGUUAUCAGUAACCAUUUUUUUUUUUCAUUUCAGGAUGUGCCUGUGAUAAAAGAAAAAUAAACGUUGAAUUUGAACAUCUAUUG